AUGACCUCGGGCAGGAAGCCGCUCUGCUUGCUGUGUCACAAUGGGGGACUGCCGGGUCAGAGCCCCAGGGCGGGGCGGGAGCUCUCCUGUGUGGGGCCCGGGCAGGCCAGUCGCAGAGCGAGGCUGGGUCCCGUUUGGUGGCCCUGGCAGGCUCGGGGAGGCCGGAGAAGGGAGGCAGGCCUGGAGUUGGUGGAGGCUGCUCCCAGCACAUGCCUGGGGGGCCCGGUGCCCAGGGGGAGCGGGGAGCUCAGACAUUACUCUCCAGUGGGCGAGGGCCCGGACGUCGCAGGAGCUGCUGCAGCCCGUGCCACGUGUAGGUGGCGGGGCGCUGGGGUGGACGCCAGCUCCGCUCUCCACUGGCUCGUGCAGAUCACGCUCUUCCUGGCGCUCGGCCAGUGCCUGGCGUGCGCCGGGAUCCUUGAGGCCACCAUCCAGUGCCCAGCUGCGCUCCUCUUCUUCGGCCCCAUGGUCCCGGUGCUAUCGGACGCGCUCGGCACCUUCCGCCGCGUGGUCCCGGCCUUGCUUGUCUUCUCCAUGUCCGUGUUAGCAGCCUCGCUCCUCUACGCCGGCAUCCCGGGGCUGCGGGCUCUGCUGCCCCGCGCCCUCCCGCCUGGCCGGUGAGCGCCCGGCAAAGCCCCGGCUCAAUAC